AGGAAACUCUGGAAAUUGAAUUUUCAACCAUAUUUUUAUUUCUUUCACACCAAUUGUACGCCUCUUAUUUAAUUUAGGUGAAGGAAUGGCGCGGUUAUCACUAGCUGACAGGGCUACGAUUGCUAACAUGUCUCCUGAGUAUGGGGCAACAAUGGGCUUCUUCCCUCUGGAUCAUCUUACAUUGCAGUACCUGAGGUUAACAGGACGGAGUGAUGAAACGGUGUCCAUGAUAGAGGCAUAUUUGCGUGCAAACAAGACGUUGGUUGACUAUAAUGAGCCUCAACAAGAAAGAGCAUACACAUCUUAUCUUCAAUUGGACCUGCCAGAUGUUGAACCUUCAGUUGCAGGACCAAAAAGGCCUCAUGAUCGAGUUCCUUUGAAAGAUAUGAAGGCUGAUUGGCAUUCUUGUCUUGACAACAAAGUUGGCUUCAAGGGAUAUGCUGUACCAAAGGAGGCACGAGAUAGAGUGGUACCAUUUUCAUUCCAUGGAAUACCUGCAGAGCUUAAGCAUGGUAGUGUCGUUAUUGCAGCAAUUACAAGUUGCACAAACACGUCAAACCCUAGUGUCGUGCUUGGUGCCGGGCUUGUUGCAAAGAAAGCCUGUGAACUUGGUUUGGAGGUUAAACCAUGGAUUAAAACAAGUCUUGCGCCAGGAUCUGGAGUUGUCACAAAGUACCUGCUCAAGAGCGGCUUGCAAAAGUAUCUGUACCAGCAGGGCUUUCAUUUAGUUGGUUAUGAUUGCACUACAUGCAUUGGAAACUCAGGAGAACUCGAUGAAUCAGUUGCCUCUGCAAUUGCAGACAACGAUAUUAUUGCUGCAGCUGUGCUUUCUGGAAAUCGAAAUUUUGAAGGCUGUGUUCACCCAUUGACGAGAGCUAACUAUCUUGCUUCACCUCCAUUGGUAGGUGCGUAUGCACUUGCGGGCACGGUUGACAUUGAUUUUGAUAAGCAACCCAUUGGAACAUCAAAGGAUGGGAAGAAAGUAUAUUUCAAGGAUGUUUGGCCGAGUAAUGAGGAAAUUGCACAGGUUGUUCAAGCUAAUGUACUGCCGGACAUGUUCAAGACCACUUAUGAGGCUAUUCCAAGGGGAAAUCCUAUGUGGAAUCAGCUCUCUGUACCUUCCUCUACCCUAUAUUCGUGGGAUCCGAGCUCGACUUAUAUUCACGAACCUCCAUAUUUUAAGAACAUGACCAUGGAUCCUCCCGGUCCUCAUGGAGUGAAGGAUACCUAUUGCCUACUGAACUUUGGAGACAGCAUAACUACUGAUCAUAUCUCUCCAGCUGGAAGUAUCCACAGGGACAGCCCUGCGGAGUAUCUCUUGGAACGCGGAGUGGACCCAAAAGAUUUUAACUCUUACGGCAGCCGGCGAGGCAACGAUGAAGUGAUGGCACGUGGAACUUUUGCCAAUAUUCGGCUUUUCAACAAGCUCUUGAACGGAGAAGUGGGUCCAAAGACAAUUCAUAUCCCCUCAGGAGAGAAACUUUAUGUGUAUGAUGCAGCGCGGAUGUACAAGGUCGUUGGGCAAGACACAAUUAUCCUCGCAGGAGCCGAGUAUGGAAGUGGCAGCUCUCGAGAUUGGGCUGCCAAGGGUCCAAUGCUUCUGGGGGUGAAAGCAGUGAUCGCCAAAAGUUUUGAGAGAAUACAUCGUAGCAAUCUGGUUGGUAUGGGGGUCAUUCCACUAUGUUUCGAGCCAGGCGAGGACGCAGACACUUUGGGAUUGACGGGGCACGAGCGCUACACCAUAGACCUUCCUAGUAAAGUCAGUGAGAUGGGGCCUGGUCAAGAUGUGACUGUUACAAUCAACACCGGGAAAACGUUCAUAUGUACCCUGCGAUUUGAUACCGAGGUAGAGCUGGCAUAUUUUGAUCAUGGUGGAAUUCUACCAUAUGUUAUACGCAGCUUGAUUAAACAGUAAACAUAUAGU